AUGGAGGAUUCGGCGGAGAAGGGUUUGCUCGUCGUCGUCGGAGAAAAAGAAGGAACCAAGAAAGAUGGGUUUUUCCGGGAGAUGAGGAGGCUCGGUUACAUCGCCGGUCCGAUGGUUGCAGUGAAUUCUUCAAUGUAUUUUCUUCAAGUGAUUUCUAUAAUGAUGGUUGGUCAUCUCGGUGAGCUUUAUCUCUCAAGCACCGCAAUUGCAGUUUCUUUCUGCAGCGUCACCGGUUUUAGCCUCGUCUUUGGAUUGGCGACUGCUUUGGAGACUUUAUGUGGUCAAGCUAAUGGAGCUAAGCAAUACGAAAAGCUUGGAGAACAUACUUAUACAGGGAUUUUCUCUCUGUUUCUUGUGUGUAUACCUUUGUCUGUUCUAUGGAGUUACAUGGGUGAGAUACUCGCUUUGAUUGGACAAGAUCCUAUGGUUUCUCAAGAAGCUGGAAAGUUUGCGACUUGGCUUAUCCCCGCACUAUUUGCUUACGCGGCAUUGGAGCCUCUUGUUCAAUUUUUCCAAGCGCAGAGUCUGAUUUUGCCUUUGAUUAUGAGCUCAAUCUCUGCUCUUUGUUGUCAUGUUGUUCUCUGCUGGUGCUUUGUUUUCAAGUUUGGGCUUGGGAGUCUUGGUGCAGCUGUUGCGAUUAGUGUUUCUUACUGGCUAAACGUGAGUGUUCUUGGAUUGUACAUGAUGUUUUCUUCGAGCUGUAGUAAGAGCCGCGCAGCGAUUACCAUGAGUGUGUUUGGWGGAAUGGGAGAGUUUUUCCGGUUUGGAAUCCCAUCUGCAUCUAUGAUUUGCCUCGAGUGGUGGUCAUUCGAAUUCUUGGUCAUGCUUUCUGGGAUUUUACCGAAUCCGAARCUAGAAACCUCUGUUCUUUCAGUGUGUCUAUCAACAAUCUCCUCAUUGUACCAAAUACCAGAGAGCCUAGGCGCAGCAGCGAGUACAAGAGUAGCAAACGAAUUAGGAGCUGGAAACCCGAAAGAAGCUAGAAUGAUAGUUUACACAGUGAUGGUUAUGACAGGAGUAGAAUCAAUAAUGGUUGGUGCAGUAGUCUUUGCUGCAAGAAACGUAUUUGGUUACCUAUUCAGCUCUGAAACCGAAGUUGUCGAUUACGUAAGAUCAAUGGCUCCAUUAGUGUCUUUAUCAGUCAUAUUCGAUGCCCUACACGCAGUUCUUUCGGGUGUGGCUAGAGGAUCAGGGAGGCAAGAUAUUGGAGCUUAUGUAAACCUAGCUGCAUAUUAUCUCUUUGGAAUACCAACUGCUAUUAUAUUAGGUUUUAGGUUUAAAAUGGGAGGAAGAGGAUUAUGGAYUGGUAUUACAGUUGGGUCAUUUGUACAAUCUGCUUURCUCGGUCUUAUCGUUAGCCUCACCAAYUGGAAACAACAGGCGAGAAAAGCGAGGGAGAGAGUGAUGGRUGAUGAGUUUGAAGAGAAAGAUAGUGAAGAAAAUGAAGAGAUGAUCAUCAGCUAA